AUCUAAGGUUGUUCGGCAUCAAUGGAAUGUCUAGCGAUAAGCUGAACAUUGAAUUUAUUAGUCUCAACCUUCGCGACUCCUUAGUUAUUGUUGACCAUUGAUCUGGGAAUGAGCUUUGCAGCUGUAGACUAGUUAAAGAUACUUCACUACACGAGCGCUUCAUUUCCGAGUUGCAAGUUCAUCCCAGAUUAGAGAGAUUAGACAUUCACUUUCAAUCUUCAUCUCUAGUUCUCUAGUUAUGCGCCUUAUAUCGUUCCAACACCAAUUCAGAAGAGAGAUAUAUCAUCUUAUAUUACCAUUAGACUAAAUCAACAUGGGUCAAGGCGCGUCUCACCAUGAAGUUCGGCUCGAGACCAGAGUUGAAAAUCCACCGGGUGGCAAUCCACAAGGUCUCGCCCUCAUUGCUCACGGAAGAUUCGGUGGAACUUUUGAUCAACCUCCAGUUCGCCUUCUUGCCGAAUAUCUGACAAAUGAAAGACUGAUGAGGGUCGUAACUUGGAACGCUCGAGGAAUUGGCCAGAGCGAAGGUGGGAAUGAAUGGACCGAUUUCAGCACAUGGAUAGGAGACGCCGGAAUCAACGAUUACCGGCGAAUGCUGCGGGAAUCCAUGACUGCAUACGUAAAUGAUUUCCCGAAGGCAACCGAAAUCCCACUAUUUCUAUGCGGUUAUUCCGCAGGUGCAGUUUUCGCAGGCUGUACACGUCCAAGCCCAUCUUUCCCCCAAUUCUCGCCUGCUCAUUAUAUCCUGAUAUCCUACCCGGUGGACAUGAAUCCCUUCAUGGCAAUGCACAAGACGGGGUCUUAUUUUCGCUCCCUCGAAGCAUUGGUACAGGGAUACGGAUGGGAGAAUCUUCCCGAGGAGUUUAACGGUAAAGAGCCGGACGUAGCUGGAGUUUUCACCGUAAUGGGUCAGUUUGAAGGACUCUUUUAUCAUGUAUGGACUGGGAUUCUGGGAAGCAAGAACGCUCGAAACAUAUUAAGGCAGGUAGUUGUCGAGGGAGCUGACCAUGCUUGGAAUGGCAAAGCGCCGCGCAUUGUUGAGGAGGUUGACAAGUGGUUGUGUAAACAUUAAGGGGGUUGCUAGUCACGCAGACAUUGUAUAUUAGGCGCUUACGGGAUACAUAGCAUGUUUCUUUAAACCUUAAAUUAAUUCAAUUGUUAUGAAGUAUA